AACAUGAUCAUGUGACUGUACAAAAUGGCGGACGACAUGGGCGCGAUUUCUUCCGGGUUUGAAUAAAAUAAGAUUUUAUUUAAGUAACAGAUAAAGGAUUAACCAGAAAUUUGCAAACAUGGUGAAAGUUUUAAGAUGUUACAAUUUUAAGUCGUCUGCAAUAAUGAAACAGACCGAAAAAGAACCAGCUUGUCUAGCGUCUGGACGAAAAUUCUUGUUCAUUGGCUCUCACGGUAAUGAGAUUGAAGUCUUUAAAAAUCAGAAAGGUGUGGAGUGGAUAAAAUAUUGCUCCUUUCAAACAGGUGCUCAUGUAUCACAGAUAGAGUACAAUGAAACAGGUGAUUAUAUUGCCACAAUUGAGAAGAAGGUAAACAGACAGUCUACAGUUGUGUCAGUCAAAGUUUACCUGAACUGGCAUAUUGCUGCAACUGAUGAACAUUUCAGGACAAGAGUUAGAGUUGCUGGACUUGGUUAUAAAAGUACAAAUGUUCAAACAGGAGAAAGGCUUGAGGUAGUGGACAUUCCCUGUGAAAGACGAGCUGACUUUAUGACAUCAUGUCAGGAAACAGGAAAUCUUGGUAUCGUAUUCUCUACUCACGUGAAACUAUACCAUCUGGUUGAGAAGACAAUACCAAACUCUCAGACAACUUUCCUCGAUGUUAUACUGUUUCUUGAGCUACAGUUCAAACUCUCUAUUAAUCAUAUCAGUCUUUGUGAAGAUUUUGUGGCUUGUAGUUCUGCACAGUUUGUUCAGGUUAUCCAGGUGAAUAUAUCCAAUGAGGAUGAUGAUGGGAAAACACUAAACAAAAAUUUAGAUGCUGCUAAAGAUGCCGUUAGUCCCUCUAGAGGUAGUCGUAAAAUGUCUAGUGCUCUUUCCAGCCUCAAUAUACAUGACAAAAUAAGUUCUCCCCACACUCCCACAAGUCAUGUGAGGUCAAAGGUUACUUCAAGAGAACUACCUCAUUUCUCAACAGUGGGUGAAAGGAGUUCAUCUACACCAAGUCCAGCAUUGAACAUCAAUCCCAAGGUGUCAAGUUGUGCAAUAGAAGAUGACACAGAUUUUAUACACUGGACAUUUUCAACUGAAACCAGUCAAAAUCAAGCUGAAACUGGUUCUCAAAAUCCUACAGUUGAACUCAAAGGACUAAAAAGCUUUGGAAAGGAAAUAAAACCAGAACCUAGUCUACCUAAUGUUAAAGAUCUUAGAGGUGGGAAUCAUUUGACAACAGGGAAGACAACUCUUAUACAGUUAAUAUAUCAGUAUCUAGAUGAGAGUGACAGUUCUUGGAUUCAUCUACAGUUGGUUCCCACAUACUUGAUUGGUAAGGAAAGCACAUUAAUGCUGUCAGGUAAUGGGGUUCUACUACGUUCACCACGAAGAUCGAGCCUGGCCGGGAUGUCCUGCUUGAUGAGCGGCAGUAGAGCAGGGUUCAUGUACUCCCUGAUACCACAACCAGCCCUUCUAUCUACAUACAAAUACUCAUCAGAUGCUGUGCAGAUCCAGACAGAUGGUAGAAUGAUGUAUGUCCUGGUAGAAAAUGGUCUAGAAGUCUACACAGCAAGAUGUCUGCUGGCUGCUGUUCAUAAUACAGAACAUUUUGAUAAUGUUAAUAAUACAUGUCCAAAACCAGAUGAAGAAAUUUGUUUGUGUGGUUUGCAAAAUUUCCUGGGACCAAGGGAGAUCACUCUUACAAACACACAUGUAAUACUCUUCAAUAAAAUGGAUAAUGCUUGGAAUAUAAACAUACUGGAGAAACCAAGUGUACCAGAUUUAUAUCAAGAUUUGUUUCGGUUUGGAGAAAGAUACCAACAGAAUGCUCCUCAUACAUAUCAUCAUCUGUUGUUAGAGUGUCACAUGACCCUGAAGUCAAGUUUGAUUGGUCAGACUCUAAGCCAAUCAGAAGUGGCUACUAUAAAUGACUUGCUACAUGAGUUGUCUGCUUUACUGGGAGAGUAUUAUGCCUUACCAGAUUGCAGCUCCUGGCAUCUGUGUCUACCAUACUACAAUAUGUCAGGUCUAAGUGUUGUUGAUGUGGUCAGACAGGCUGUUCAGCACAGACAACACUCGAAAAAGGUAUCAAGGUAUGGUGAAGGAUUGAUACAGUAUCUGAGAUAUACACUUUUUCUUAAUGAAGAUCCUCUAGAACUUAAACAGGUUGAUGGUGAUUUAGUGCUGGAAGUUUGUCAUGACUGUAUGCCUGAGAGACUUGCUGAUAUUAUAUUAUUCUCCAGACUGAAUACAUUCACACCAGAGGUCGCACUAAAAUUACUGAAAUCUAGCAGUAAGAUCAGGUCUUCAAUUGAUUCUAAAUCAAGGACUAAAGAAAGGCUAGCAUAUGUUGCCUUAAAUUUACAGUUGUGUGAGCCAGAUAUUGCUGUGUCCUCAUUAAACAAUAUAGAUAAGAAUGAUCUUAUAGAGACAUGCCUGGAAUAUCCUCAGAUUCUUCACAUAUCCAUGACAGAAUUUUCUCCCCUUUCACAGCUACUGAGAUGUAAUUCCCCAAAGAUUCUAAUAAGUAUACUAGUUAUGUUACAUGACAAAGGGACCAUGUCCAUGGAUCUAGCAAUCAGAUUACUUCAGGGAAAGUCUGGGAUUCUUGAGAUUCAUAAAAAUACUCAUGUGAGAGAUUACCUAGAAGCACUUGUUAAUGAUGAGUGUAGAAAAUUCAGUUUUGAUGAAGCUGUUCCAAUACUGUGUGACAUUUAUAUACAAAGACUGAAGGAAUGGGAGCCUCCAUCCAUCAGACAACUUACCCCCUCCAUGAAAUUUAAACUUCCGAAUGGAAAUGGACAUUUUGGCAGACGCCAUGGUUGGUUAGACAACUUACCUCCCUUUGUUGGAGCAAAGUCAAUAACUAGCACGUGUAAAUAUGUCGUGCCUGCAGGUAACAGAAGAGCCGGGGUCCAGCCAAAAUUGUUACAAUGUCAAAAGAUUAAAGAGACAUGUAGUUGUUUCCUGUGCAAUGAAGAUUUAUUGAAAUUACAGGCUUUGCUGUGUUAUAGUGAUGUAUCAAGAGCUAUCUGUGAUAAAGUGAUGAAGUGUGUUCAAUACGAAGAGAAGGCAUUCUUCUAUGACUCGGUGGCCAUUCUAUGCCAGCUUAGAACAAAUUUUGAGAAAUCUGUAUCUCUAAUUGUGAAUAAACAUUCAAAUAUAUCUGCCAGCUUUGGCACGUCUGUGAUAAAAAACAAUUCAAAACAGUGGGAAUAUUUAUUAAACAGUCUGAUAUCUAACAUUGGGCAGAAACAGGACAUGAAAGAAGAUGCUGAGGGUUCUGUUUCUAUGGAGAUUGUUAAAGAGGUUUUGCACGAAAUGAGUCAGCAGUUAAAACCGGAAGUGUUUAUCAGCGUUCUUCCUGGAAACGGAAGCUUCUUUUUCUUCUUACCAUAUAUACAGCAUUGUCUGGAUGCACACAAGUUGAAUAUUCUCAGAGACACAAUACUCAGUCUGGGUGAAAACAUGACACAAAGUGAAGGUUCACAGUAGAUAUUCCAAGUGCUUUGGUAAAAUACAACCAAAACCUUUUUUACCUUUUGAUCAGUGGUUUCAGAAUUAGUUCUUACAAUUUGUUACCCGGUGUACCUGAUUUUAAAUUGUAAAUUAAUUUGCAGUCAAGCAGGCAUUUCAUUUUUCAAGAAGAAAGUUCUGAAUCCGAAAAAAAUCUGAACAUUUGAAAAUAAAAAAGAAACAAUGUUAUAUAAUGAUGCCUUUUAAAAUAUAUCUGCUGCUUAAUCCGUUCGCUUAGCUCAAUAAGAAAGCAUGGCAUUUGUAAUUGAGUCUUUGAUGAAUAGAUUUUUUGGCAGGCGAAAUAUCUCUGUUGACAAUUAAUCACAUGCAUUUAGUGUAAUGGUAUUUGUCGCUAUGUUGUGAAUAAGUAGUUUGUCAUUUGCGGAGAGAUUGGUAAUUAUUGGAUUAUUAUGCAGUAAAGCUGGUUAGCUGGAUCGACUGCCA